AUGGAGGCCUGGGUCCGCGCCGUCGUGGAGGCCAUCCACUCGUCUCGAGCCCAAGCCGUCAUCUAUCUCGCCGGCGGCGCCUCCCAGGCGCUCGGCUGGCUCCUGUCCGUGCCCGGCGCUUCUGGCAGCGUCCUCGAGGUCGUCGUGCCCUACUCCAGGGCCUCCAUGGCGCAGCUGCUCGGCAAGUUGCCCCUGCAAUUCACAAGCAAGCAGGCCGCAGAGGACAUGGCACUGGCCGCGUUCAACCGUGCCCUGAAGCUUUCUGGACCAGGUCUCUGCCUCUGUCUACAAGUAAUGGGUGUUGGAUUUACUGGGUCGCUCGCUAGCUCACGCCCAAAACAUGGUGACCACAGGUUUUAUGUGUCAACGCGCACACAAAAUUGCCUCAGGACAUCACAUGUAACAUUGUCGAAGGGUUUACGGAGCAGAGAGGAAGAAGACAAGGUCUCAAGCUGUUUUGUGCUUAAGGCAAUUGCAGAUGCAUGCAGAGUUUCUGCAACCAUUCAGUCAGACGUUCAAGAACCUGAAAUUCCAAAAGAAAGUGUGGAACAAUUUGAUGAAGACCAAGAGCUCCAGCAAGUUAUUGAUGGUCAAGUCUGCAUGAAAGUUUACCACUUUGCUGAUCCAACGGAAAAGAACUUCGACAGGAAACUAAUUCUACCUGGUUCAUUCAAUCCCUUGCAUGAUGGCCACCUUAGGUUGUUAGAAGUUGCAUCAAGCAUGUGUGAUGAUGGGUUUCCGUGCUUUGAGAUAUCAGCAAUAAAUGCCGACAAACCCCCCCUGUCUAUUGCAGAAAUUAAGCACCGUGUUGAGCAAUUCAGAAAAGCAGGGAAGAAUGUGAUCAUAUCUAACCAACCAUACUUUUAUAAGAAAGCAGAACUUUUCCCAGGCAGUGCUUUUAUAAUUGGUGCAGACACUGCAGCUAGGCUUGUAAAUCCUAAGUAUUAUGGAGGUGACUACAACAGAAUGCUGGAGAUUCUUCUUGAAUGUAAAAGCACUGGCACAACAUUUCUGGUUGGUGGUCGAGAGAUUGAAGGAGUAUUCAAGGUCCUUGAAGAAUUAAAUAUUCCAACAGAGUUGAAGGACAUGUUUAUCUCUAUACCAGAGGAGAAGUUCCGCAUAGACAUUUCAUCUACUGAAUUAAGAAAAAAACAAGGGCUCUGA